AUGAUGAGCGGGGGCGGCGCGGGGCGCAGCCGGGGGGGCCUGGCGGCAGCCGCCUCCCCCUACGGGGGGCUGCAGGAGGGGCGCACCUGCCCCGGAGAGGCCGGGGGGCCGGAGCCCCAGGAGCAGCAGCAGCAGCAGCAAUCUCCGGGUGCAUACGUCGUGAUACCACCCAGUCUCGCAAGAAGGAAUCAGUUACAGAGAAUUGCUAAUAAAGAACUGGAAGAACUAGAGAAGUGGAAGGAACAGCACAGGCCAGGAGCAAUUAAUUUGACCCCCCAGAAGCUAGGGGGCAGAGAAUCCGAGGCUGAAGUAAGGCGAAAACAGCAGUUGGAGCACAGCCAAUCUAAAUACCAGCAAAAGUUGAAAAGAGAACAUUAUGGGAGGAUCAAGAGAGAGGAAGAAGAAGCAGAGCUUUUGAAGAAGAAAGCACUUCAGAGAGAGAAAGCUGAUAAACUCGAAGAAAAACGAAGGCAAGAACAAUGGCAAAGAAGACAGAUGUUCGAUGAAGACAACUACAUAAAAACCACUGAGUUCUUGAAUAACUUGGCUUUAGGCCCCUCUCAGAGAACCUCUUGUCAAGCAGAAGGCCACAGUCUUGAAUCAACACCCUGGGCCAGAAGCCGGGCAUAUAAGCAACACCAGAGACAAGAGGAAGACCGAAAACUGCAGGAGAUGAAAGAAGAGCAGCGAAGGAAGGCAGAAGUGUUGGAACUCAAACAAAGACAAGAAGAAAGAAUAAGAGUAACAGCCCAUCGGCACGAUCAGCAGAGGGUGAAUAAUGCAUUUCUGGAAAGGUUGCAGCACAAUAAUCGGCCCGGUAGCACUUGCCCGUCUGGAGGUCUGGGCAAUACAGAUUUUAGUUCUGACGGCUGGCAGCAGUCGCUUGCUUCACCAACUGAAGUCGUGGGAGAGGCCGUGGCUCAGUGGUAG